CGAAACAAAGGAAUGUCACGCCUCCGGCCUCCCGAAGACCUCCCUGUGUCCUAUGACUGCCACUCCAGCUGUCACCUUGCCCUCGGUGGAGUCAUCCACGAGCCCGUCGACCAGCAGAACAGAAACACGUGCUGGCUCCAUGCUGCAGCCACCGCAUUCAAGUGCAAAGCCGUGCUGAGCGGGUGCCGCGUAGAGGACAUCUCGGAGCUCAAUUGCCUCUGCAGUGAGGAGAGGCUUCUGCGGCUGUGUGGCGUGUCUGCUCAAGCCGGAGGGGAUCCUGCUCAUGCGCUGGAGUGCCUGACUGGAACGCCCCCAAGUCGCCUCGGACACGGACUCGAGCCGUAUGAGCGGGUGAAAGAAAUCUGCAGGUACAGUACGGUGGUGGAGGAUGCCACAGCAUGAUGUAUGUCUGUGGGCUCUUACCUCGCUCAUCAGGUGGAUGAUGCGCGAGGGGCCUGUCGUAGUCGCAAGUGAGCAGCCAGCAUCGGUUGGAGUGGUUGAGCAGCGACGGUUGGAGUUGUUCCCCUGUUUGUUUGCACCAGGCUUUCGCCCACCGGAUGAUUUCAUUGGUUCGUCAACGCAGCCGUAUGACUGCCGUUCUGGCCGCACGACAUUCCGAGAUGGCAACAGCCCCCACGCCGUGGUGUCCUAUGGGUGGAGGAAGACGGAACACGGCAUCUGGGUGUAAGUGAGGGCACUAAGACGCAAUGGCUGAAUGCACAUACCCAUCACACACACCCACACACACACUCUCUCUCUCUCUCUCUCUCUGUGUGUGUGUGUGUGUUCUCUCUCUCUCUCUCUCUCUCUCUCUCUCCGCGUGUUUGACUGUGCGACUGUGCCGUGUGUGCAGGUGGCGGGUCAAAAACAGUUGAGGCGACGAUUCCAACCUCACAGAGGUCCCGUUCGGACACGACGGCAUCGAUGAGGAGGUGAAGAAGACAAUGGAGCUGCGCAGAAGUAUAGCAGUGUGUCCUUCCUACCCCUGCAGGUGCUCGGUGUACCUGUUCCCGCCAUUCCAUACUUCCCCGGCCUCUUCCCUCACGGGCCUUACCCCUCACGCAAUGCGGUCCGUGGCCGUGGGACUCGGCUGGCCAUCUCGGAGGAGCCCCUCUGUGG